AUGUCGAAGGAGCAAUUGCCUGGAGACCAUACCCUACACAAGCCUGAGAAAGCUCAGGCGGUGAGCCGGCUCUUGAAGCAAGCCCCGCCUGGAGAGUUCAAUGAGGCCUUCAGUGACUUGCGCAUGCUAAUGGAUGACGACACCAUGAUGUCCGAGGAGGUGGCCAGUCUUUGUGCUGUACACAACAAGGACCAUUUUACUCCGGUCAAAACCAAAGAGUGUGAGGUGUUGCUGACCCGUCACAACGAGCUGGAGGAGAAUCGUUUCCUGGACCCUCAGAACCGAGUCUCCUUCAAGUAUGAUCACCUGAGGAGAGUGCCGAGCAAUUUCCAGGAUCACCCUGAGGAGGACAAGAAAGGUGAACUGUGGAGGAGAGCACUUCAUGAGGCCCUGAAGGCCUAUGUCAGCAACCACUACCCUAAGGGGCUUUGCAGUGUCUUCAUUAAGGACACUGCUGUCCGGAAGAUCUUUGUGGCUUGCAUCGAGAGCCACCUGUACAAGCCUUCAGCUUUCUGGAACGGCCUGUGGAAGUCAGAAUGGACUUUUGCUUUGGCUCCGGCCUCCACUUCCACCGAGGUGUCCGGGGUCAUCAUGGUCCAAGCACACUACUUUGAGGAUGGAAACACACACCUGACAGUCAACAAGGAUGUCGAGGAGACUCUGCUGGUCACCGAUGAGACCCAGACAGCAGAAGACUUUGUGAAGCUGGUGGAGAAGAUGGAAAGUGAGAUCCAGUGCGGGUUGAUGGAAGAGUAUCAGCACAUGAAUGGCACAUACCUGAAGUACUUUCGGAGGCAGCUGCCCAUCACCCACACCAGUCUUGACUGGGAGAAGGUUGUCAUGGCCAAAAUCGUGACUGCUCGUGCUACCCAGUGA